GGGGACCGCCAGCUGCUGCAGAGCGGGAGGGACGCCUCCAUGGCCCUUUACAACUCGGUGUACUUCAUCGUCUUCUUCGGCUCACGCGGCUUCCUCAUCCCCAGGCGUGCCGAGGGGGCCACCAAAGUCAGCCAGGCCGUGCUGAAGGCCAAGAUUCAGAAACUGUCCGAGAGCCUGGAGUCCUGCACCGGUGCCCUGGAUGAACUUAGUGAGCAGCUCGAGUCCCGGGUCCAGUUCUGCACCAAGGCCGGCCGGGCUCACAACCUCAGGAUCUCCGCUGAUCAGGAUGCAGCCUUGUUUUUCUAAGAACACCCUUUACCCUCAUGGGAUGUUCUAGAUCUGUAGCGUCCACGGGGAAGUGCCACAUAGGUGGAGGGUGAAAGACAGAAACUGUUCUGUAGGUGUCGGUCCUCAACUCCAUGUGAGUUAGGGACUUUUUCACUUGUGGAAUCCCAAUGGAGUAUGCGACCCUAAUCACUCACUAAAAAGGGGGGGUCCUUUUUAACUGCACACAGCUGGGC